AUGCAGGGCAACGCGCAUCAAACUUUCGUGAAGAUCAAGGGGCUGGACGGACCUGGACACCGCAGGAUGCUUUUGCAGCGAUGGGUGGACUCUCCCACUUAUCCUUUUUUGGUCGCAGCUGCCAAGAAAAAAUCACCGUCGUCAACAUGUACUUGGGAGUUGUGCCACCUGGAUGACUGUGGCACCUACACCAUCAAGAACAUCUUGUCGGCCUUACAUGCCAUAGCAGUGAUGGGCAAAUGGGACUCGCGAGUGAUUGGCCCUGGAGCCACUUGCGGCCGAAAGCGGCGGCCCUUCGCGGCAGCUUGCGUGGGACAAGUCGCCGACGUCCCGAGCAAACAUGGCACUGCUGCAGCAGCUGGCUGGGCACAUGGGUUCUUGGCUGGGAAAGCAAGUGCGAGCGGAAGACGUGCGGGAAGCUUUACGUCAUUGGCGCAAAGUCUGCAUUGGGCAGCUGCAACUGACAUGAUCUUGUCCAGCGCGAAAGCCGUCCCGGCCACGUUCCUCCUGGAUCUUUUGCAAAGUUGCGCGUUCGCCGUCAUGCCGUCUUGCCGUGAGAACAAUUUUGAGACGUUUGCUACGGAUCGUGAAUUGAGUCACUUCCUGUCACUGAUGGCUUUUACGGUCUGUGCUACCGAUGAAUGUCUUCUAGGAGACGACCCAGAAAGCUUAUCUGAGCGCCCAGUGUUUCUGUGCUCGAACCUCAACUUUGCUUCAGAUAGAUAUCGCGGGCGUCUGAAUGUUGAGGUCGCAACAAUGCAGAACGAAGGGAAGUGGUCCGACAUCUGCUUUGCCAUAUCGGCACUCUGCACAGACGGCGUCCUGCCAAAUGUUCUCAGCGGACGUCUGGAGCACCAUGUUGACAAUUGCUUCCGGGCCAAUGAGGCUUUGACAGAGGAUGAAGAUGGAGAGCAUAUUCAUGGCCUCAGGCAUGGAGUUGUUCACCUGCACGUGCGGAAGGACAAAGAGACCUUCGAAUUCAGCUUUCGACGCACAUUGCCUGGAGAGAAGUUGAACCUCCGCGUCGGCCUCGCCAAGCACGACCGCUUCAAGAAGAAGGAGCCGGGAAAGUACAGGUUAGCCAUCGAGGAGCGGACGGCUGCCUCGACGGACGAGGUAGCGCCUCGCUGCCCACACUUUGCGCAGAAGUGUGGGGGAUGUGCUUUCCAGAAUCUCAGGUAUGAAGCGCAGCUGCGAGAGAAGAUGCUUCUCCUGGAGCUAUUGCUGGAACAAUUCGGCCUCCUGCACCAGGAGGUCGUCCUGGAGGAGCCCGUUCCUUCUCCGGAAGUGUUCGGCUUCCACGCGCGGACAGAGUUCCGGGCCUUUCUGCGCGAUGGCUUGCAGUUUGGUAUGCAUCCAGAGGGGAGUCCCAUACCCCUGGCCAUCGACACCUGCCACCUCCAUCCGGAGAGUGCGCAAGAUGCCUUCAGCGCCUUGCGAAGCUCCCUGCGCGAAGCUGGGGCCACUGCCUUCGACGAGCGCACGGGGCGCGGGUGGCUCUGCAACAUCAUCUUGAGAUCUGCUCUUCCUCGCCAGGGAGUGGAGCCAGAGCUGCUUGCAUCCGUGGUGACGCUGCCGGAGGCCCCGCGAGAUGUUCUUCAAGGCGCAGCCAAAGAAGCGGUAGCCCGAUGCCCGGCGCUGGCCGGCGUCACGUGGUCGCAGGAAGGGGGCGAAGGCCUGAAGAGGCCCGGUUGGCGCAGUCGUGGCCACCAGAGGCACGAGGUCUUGGCGGGCCGGCCCUACCUGCUUCAGGACUCGGGUGGUGUCGCCCUGCGCCUGGUCCCAGAAGCCUUCUUCAGGCCCAACAUCUUCCUCACAGCCGACCUCGCCAGCACCGUGGUGGAAUUCGCCGGUGCCGCCUCCGAGAGCGUCGUCUGGGAUGCCUUCUGUGGCCAAGGGCUCCUUUCUCUGCCCCUGGCGCGAACCGGCGCCAAGAUGGUCGUCUUGGACCGCUCCGAGCCGGCCCUCGACGCCCUCCUUGCAAACCUUGCGGAGCGCGGCCUCGAAGCCGAGGUCGUGUGUGGAGACUUGGGCAUCCCAGUCUUCCUCCACCGGCUGCUGGGGGUGCUGUCCAGGACCAAGAUGCCCCCAGAGGCGGCCGAGGAUGAGGAUGAGCUGAGCGAGGAGGACGAGGAGGAGGAGGACAUGGACGAAGGCGACUCCAUGCCGUUUGGAGACGCUGUGCCCGCCUCUCUGCCCGUGCCAGACGUGCUUGUCGUAGACCCGGGCCGCAAUGGCCUUCCCAAGCCCUUUCGCAGAUUUGCGCUGGACCUGCGCGCGCCGACGCUGGUCUACGGCUUCCUAGUCGUUCGCCAUGCUGAAGAAGCUGGAAGCGGAGUGGCCACUUGCCCGCCACAGCUGGUUCUGUCGUGGGCCCCGGGCGGCGUUUUUCGGCACCCCGCAUACAAGAUGGUCGCAGUACCAGUACAGGUUCUGGAUGGUGCCCACGAAGUGGGCCUGCCUACCAGUGGCGCAGCCAGUGGGGCGCGCCGCGCAGGCAUUCGCAACUACAAGGACCCUGCUGGCCAAGACGGUGUCGGCCACGCCGAGGCCACCGUCCCAGGCAUCUGGCAGAUUCAGCCUUGCCUCUCGGCCUGCCCAGGACAGGCAGGGUACUGGGUACUGGUUCGAGAUACCUGUCCCAAGAAGCAGGUGACUGAUCUCCGCGACUUCUACGACCCGCAGAAUGCAGCCAUCAGCUUCUAUGUCAUGUGUUUCGCUCUAAUCCCAUUUGCUGGCUACUUGCUGAUUGCCCCAAACUGGCUCUUGGUAUCCAUGGUGGGCUGCUUAGAUUCCAUCUGCACGGAGCUGCCGAUCGCCAUCUUCCCUCUGCUGGCGCCGGACUUCAUUUCUGUCGCGGUUUUGGUGGCCGCCAAGCCCCUGGCACAAGCCCUGACGGCGCCCUUCAGUAUAAGGUUUGUUCGCUCCCGCGAGCUCUUCUCCACGCAGAUUGGCCUGGCCCUUCAAGUCAGCGGGCUACUUAUGCAGGCACUGAUGCCAAGUUAUAGCUUCUUCUGCCUGGCGCGGGCGGUGCAGGGGAUGGCCUCAGCUCUUCUCAUUCAGGCAAGCCCGCGCACCACGAGCCGCUUCGAGGCGGCUCAAAGUGGCAUAGCCGUCAAGUUCAUCUAUGCCGGCCUGGUUUGCGGGACACCUUUCGGUGCUCUUGCCUUCUCUGUCGAGCCCUUUCUUCCCUUCCUGUGGCUGGCUUUAGCCGAGCUCGUGCUGCUGAUUGCCCUCUGGCUGAACUGGAGCGGCCUCGACGAAGAGGAGGCCUCCAAACCAGACCUCGCCACCCUCCUCAGUGUCGUCUCCGAUCCAGUGACGGUGCGGCCCAUCGUGCUGGUGUCGCUGCUACUGAUGUUUACCGGCGCGCUCCAGACGGUCUCCCCGCGGAUGCUCCAGGAGGACUACAACUUCUCCGUGGUGAUGUCUGGAAUUGCAUGGAUGUUUCAGACGUGGCCCUCGGUGUUCCUUGUCUUCGCUUUGGGGCCCGUGGCCCGUUUCAUCGGCUUCCGCUUGCUCAUGGUUGGCUCGCUGGUGAUCGCAGGCAUCGCUGCCAUGCUCGCGAGAGAAGGAUCACUGGGGGUGCUGAUCCUCGAGAUUUUCUUUUCGGGCGUUGCGGCUGGCUGCACGCAGCUCGGCGGCAAAACCAAGCCGGCCUGGCUCCGAAGUGGCAUAAUGCCUGAGUACCCCAACAAGUUUUCCACCCUGCCAGCGGAGGGAUUCCUGAGCCGAAACAGCCGCAGUUUCGCCAUGGCCCUCGAGCUCGAGUACCGCAACACCUUUAUCGACUUCAAGGAAGAGACCGAGACGGAAAAGACUGGCAGAGUCAGAUGUCGCAGCACACCACCCGGCAGAACCCGGCGCGUUAGCUUCACGAUGGAGACGGCGCAGGACGAAGAUGCAACUUGGCAAUGCGGACCUAUGUGGCGAGCCUUGGGGCAAGCGCUCUUUUUUCCUAUCCAGCUCCGGAAGAGCCACUGGGACCCAGAGGACGCCCUGCCAGAAGUCUCUCUUGCUCCUUCUGACGAUUCGGUGGAGAAGGAAGAUGCUGGGAAGGAUGAUGCCUCUCCAUGUCCGGCCUGGACACAAGAGCUGAAGCCCGUUAGCUUGGGCAGUUUGGGUCAUCCAGAAACCUGCCACCGUCCCUGCAUCUACUUCAUCUCGGGGCAUUGCGCAAGUGGAGCGGAUUGCGCCUACUGCCACAUGACGCACACGGAGAAGUUGCCGAAACUGGACAAGAAGCAACGCAUCAUGAUCCAGGAGUGCAGCCAAGCUCAGCUUUUGACAUUGCUGCUCCCGUUGUGUCGUGCCCGGGCUGAGCGCUUUGGCUUCACGAUGGAAGCGGCCGAGCUCCUCUCUCUUGUUGAAGAGAAUUGCAGCUCCGCGCCGCUCCCUGAGUUCCUCGGCCGCGAUCUCCGCAACUUGCAGAAGACCCUGGCAACUGAGAUGAGCUUCUCCGGCUUGGUCGGCUUGAUUACGCGGCAGACAGGGCCAGACCCGCACCUGACCGCGCGCUUGCUGGAGUUGCUAGACACCCUCCGAGGGCAGCUCACCUACUAA